UGCAGGGAUGGGUGCGGGGGAGCGCAGCGCUGAGGGGCAAAGAGAGCGCAGCGCAGUAGUCCGUGGCCUCCGGGGCCGGGCACCCUUACUGUGAGCUCACAAAAUCUCGGCCAGCGGGGCUGGAUCCCGGGUGCGGGGGGAUGGGGCUGGGGUGAUCGCAGGCUAGGUACCGCUGGCACAGACUGGCAGACCUGCCUGGCCGGGUGUGUGCAGCAGAGGGUGCGGUAUUAGGUAGGUGCAUUGCCCUAGUAGGAUAGAGUACUGAUUGCUGGCUGGGGGAGUGACUGUUCCUAGAGAGCGUCUGGGCCCCAUUUGGGGUGCACACUGCAGGCUGCGGUGGCUGGGCUGGGCUCAGUAGGUGUGUGCCGGUGAAUGGGUGCUGGGGGUAUACCGGGGUAUGUAAGCCUUACUAGUCUGCGCACAGCUAUUGCACUAGUCUUGUAGUGUGGGGUAAUUGGGUGGCCAAAUUCCUACCUGCAAAAUCCCGGGCUGUAAACCUGCUGCCUCGGUGACCCUGACUUAUCACUGUGCCUGCAAGACACCGACUCAUUCCUAGCCGAGGCUCCCAGCUUCAGCACCAGCCGCUCCGGACAGCGCCCUAUGGAGCUCCCUCUCAGCCGGCGCUCUGCACCCUCCCCGGAACGGGCCGACCAGGCAGAGCUGGGGCAUGGGUUGCUGGAGCUGGACGAAGAGCUAGUUCUAAUGGCCGCAGAAGGCGAUGGGGACACGGGGGGAACCGAGGGCACAGGAGACGGAGAGGACCCAGCACUGCUGUCUGUCAUCCAGCAGAAGGAGAGGGACCUGGUGCUGGCGGCCAGGCUGGGGAAAGCUUUGCUGGAGAGAAACCAGGACAUGAGCCGGCGCUACGAGGAGAUGCAGAGGGAACUGACUGAGCGGCUGGAGCACCUGGAGCAAGAGAAACAUGAACUGAAGCGGAGAUUUGAUAACCGUGAAGGGGAAUGGGAAGGCAGAGUGUCUGAGCUGGAGAGUGAUGUGAAGCAGCUACAGGAAGAGCUGGAAAAGCAGCAGGCGCACCUGAGAGAGGCAGAUCGCAAGAAAUCCUCAGCUGUCCAGGAAUUGUCAGAACAGAACCAAAGACUUUUGGAGCAGCUGAAUAGGGCUACAGAAAUGGAGAGACAGCUGUCGCUGCAGGUCAGUGUGCUCCAGGAGGAGUUCCGCGAGAAAAGCACGUCGACAAGCCAACACAUUUCGCGGCUAGAAAGUCUACUAGCAGAGAUAAAGAUGCUUUCUGAUCGGAAACGGGAACUGGAGCAGCAGCUGAACACUAUAAUGGAAGAAAAUGAUCAGCUUCAGGGAAUUGUGGAAGAACUGCACGACCGAGAGUUAACCCUAAGCCAGCAAAGUUGUGCCAAGGAGCUCCAGCUGGGCGAGAGUCAGCUGGAGUUGGAAGAGCUUCGGAAUUCUUAUCGCCAGCUACAGAUGAAAAUGGAGGAACUGAGAGAAGAAACAAGUCUCCAACAUCUAAACACCACAAGUACCUCACUGCUCUCAGAAAUUGAGCAAAGUAUAGAGGCAGAGGAGCAGGAGCAGGAAAGGCAGCAGUUGAGGUUGCAGCUCUGGGAAGCACAUUGUCAGGUCCGAUCUCUCUGCUGCCAGCUCAGAGGUAAUGAAAGUGCAGAUUCUGCUGUGUCCACUGACUCCUCCAUGGAUGAAUCUUCUGAAACCUCUUCUGCCAAAGACGUGCCAGCCGGAAGCCUCCGCACUGCCCUGAGUGAACUGAAGAGCCUUAUACUGAGCAUCCUGGACACUUGUGAAGCAGCGAGUUCACGAAAAUGUGAAGAUGAUGGUUUAGAAGAACAGAUCAAACGAACCAGUGAAGACUCAAAAGCGCUGCGGGAACUUUUACAGGGAGAGCAAAUAAGAAUGAAGCAAACAUUUGAGGAGCUGCAACGCCUUCAUAAACAGGUGACUCUGCUGAGUGUUGAAAUGAGUGCACUCAAAGAAGAGCGAGACCACCUGCUGGAACUGACCCAAAAUAAUGAUGCACAUGAACAAUUACUGAAGGCCAUAAAGGAUAGAGAUGACGCUAUAGCCAAGAAGAACGCUGUAGAAAUGGAACUUGCUAAAUGUAGAAUUGAUUUGAUGUCACUGAACACUCAACUGUUAGAUGCCAUUCAACAAAAACUGAACUUGUCCCAGCAGCUGGAGGCGUGGCAGGAUGACAUGCACAGAGUCAUUGACCAGCAAUUGAUGGACAAACACCAGAAGGAAUGGAGCCAAUCUGCAUAUUCCUUCUCCACUGGCCACCCAAUCAAACAUUGUGGCAAAGUUACCACUCUGAAUCGCACAGAGCGGCCAGGAGAAGAACCCAUUGCGUCAGAAGGGAGACGCCUUUUUUCAUUUCUGAAGAAAACAAAGUGUUAGUAUUAAUUGCUCAAACUUCUCAAAGGGCAAAGCUGCUUUAUGAAUCAUGGGAAACAUUAGCAGAAAGGGGAAAUGCAUUCCGAUGGCUAUUAGAAAACGGAGCGUGACAACGCUAAUGAUACAGUAAGCCAUCUUUGGGUGAGCAGAUCCUCAUUAAGACUAUUCUUACAGCCAGAGAUAAGAGGAGAUCUGACCUGUUCGUAACUAGAAAGUAUCCGGUUUAGCACACAUGCUAAACAACUUAAGCUACUUGUAUUUAUUUUGAUUCAAUUCAGAUUUUAUAUUGUGGAAACAUAACACUUUGUUACGUGGAUUUUAUCCACCUUGCACUUUUUAGCGCCAUCUGUUUCUAUCCACUCCAUAGCUUCCUUGAUAAUUAAAUCUAGCAGGUAUUACCAAUGUACACAGGGCCAGAGCUGCGCUUAUUACAAGGAAUAGACUUCCCUACCUCUGGUCUUCCAGACAGAGCACAGCACAGAGGAAUGGUUUCCCCCGUCCCUUACAGCUCAAACACUGAGAAAUGUGCUUUGUACAUAGGAGAAGCAGAAUUUUUAUAUUACAUACAUUUUUGUUUUAUAAUAUAAACAGAUAUAAAGAGAAUGUCAUAUUUUAGUACAAAAUUAUGCUCUUUUUAUUGUAAACUCUGAAAUAAAAUAUUUCUAUGAUUUUCCACA